ACCCCCACCACAGCGAUCGACUUCCCUCUACAUUAUCUCUCCCAUUGCCUCCCCCAACACUGGCCAACACAAUCUUUCGCACAACCACCCGCCUCCUCGCCAAAAUGUCAUUCGAAACCAAAGGCACCAUCGCCGACUUCGGCGGCAAACUGCUCAAACUCUCGCACCAAGCCAAGAGCACAAACUGCGAAAUGAACCUCAACCUCUUCCUCCCGGGCUCCGCCUCCGCCUCCAAGCCCGUACCCGUCCUCUUCUACCUUGCCGGCUUAACGUGCACAGGUGACAACGGCGCGGAGAAGGGCUUCUUCCAGGCCAAAGCGGCGGAGAAGGGGAUUGCGGUCGUGUUUCCGGAUACCUCGCCCCGUGGGCUCAAGAUUGAGGGGGAAGAUGAGAGUUAUGAUUUUGGGAGUGGGGCGGGGUUCUAUGUUGAUGCUACGAAGGAGCCGUGGAGCAAGGGGUACAAAAUGUACAGCUACAUUACCGACGAGCUGCCGGCUGCAUUGUUCGGACACUUCAAGGAGCUGGACGGCAAUCGCGUCAGCAUUACGGGCCACAGCAUGGGCGGGCACGGGGCGUUGACGCUCUUCCUGAAGAACCCCGGCAAGUACAAGAGCGUGUCGGCGUUUGCGCCGAUUUGCAAUCCCUCCAACUGCCCGUGGGGCGAGAAGGCCUUCUCGGGCUACUUUGGGGAGGACAAGAAGGACAAGUGGGCGGAGCACGAUGCCACCGAGCUGCUGGCCAAGUAUCCCGACAACACCGACAUCCUCAUCGAUGUGGGGACGGGCGACAACUUUUACAAGCAGAAGCAGCUGCUGCCGGAGAACUUUGAGAAGGCGGCCAAGGCGGCCGGGAAAGGGGUGAAGGUGAAUUACCGCGACGGCUACGACCAUAGCUACUUCUUCAUCUCCACGUUUGCGAGCGAUCAUGUGGAGCAUGCGGCCAAGUACUUGCUGAAAAAGCGAUGACACGACCUCGAGUAAACGGCAGAAAUUGUGAAUGGGAUAGGUAUACGUGGAUUUGAAGGUUGUGGAAAAGGAGUGUAUCUACCGCCGUAUCUUCCAGCAAAAGCGCAUCGUCUCCUCCAACCUCUCCUCAGCAUGGCAAGCAAAUACCAUUGGCCAUUGAUACCUUCUCUCUUAAACUGUAUUUCUUCGGCCGACAUGGAAAGUCAUGCCACCCC